AAGAACUAAUGCUGAAUGUGUCCGUUUUCAUUUUUCUUUCCAGGUUCCACCCAGCUGAUGUUUAAUGCAGUAGAUUUUGUUGAAAAAUAUGCCUGUAAUGAUACAGUGGUUUUACCUUGCAUCGUGAUUAACCUAAAGGAGAACAAUGACAGCAGCAUGCAUGUUUCAUGGAAGAGACAAGGACAAGUAAUUUUUUCUUUCAGUGGACCAGAACAGCGCAUUUACAGGCACGAGUCGGUUCCAUCAGCUAACUUCCUUUCUAAGAUGGAUUUAUCUAAGGGUGUUGCCUCACUACAACUUAAAAAUGCAGAAGCAACGGAUGGAAAUUACAGUUGUGAAGUAACAGAAUUAAACAGAGAAGGAGAAACAAAGAUGGAACUUAGAACUCACAUGGUUGACAGUUGCGACGAGGAAAAACCUCCAACACCAGUGGAUAAGUGUGAACGACAGUUCGACCUAAUCCAAAGUAUUGUCAUCGCAGCGUUGCUGGUCUUCAUUAUUGUUCUUUGCUGGGCUCAGUUAGGUGUUAUUGCAUUAAAAUGUGAAACUGUACGUAAGAAGAAAAAGCACAUUACUGUAGCAUGUAGCAUCUUCACAGUCGUUGCUGUUGUAGCUGUUGUGCUUUUUAUCCAAGAUGGCAGUAUUAGCAUGAAUCAAAUUGGUCUUGCUUUUACCGUACUACCUGCUGGGAUGCUGAUGGUGCUUCAAUACUCUAUAUUUAAAAUGGUUCUGGACGAUCUAACACACAAAGGAUAUGCACUGAUGGGCUUUCAAGUUGUGGGUUACAUAGUUGCUGUAGUUGGCUUUGCACUGUCUGUCUCAGCCUGUCCUUCAGUCCUCCUGUCUGUUGUAAUUGCCGGCUUAGUUGUUAUGGCUGUUGCGGAUCUUCUUGCUCUGGUUUAUGUCUAUAGUUGUUCCAGAAUGAAAGAUCAUCAAACUCCAAGGAAAGCUGUAGAAGAACCACUAAAUGAUACAAAAGGAGUGAUGUUAGAAUGAUGUAUUAAAGACAGAGACCGAACCUACUGCAGAAAUGAGUGAUGUGUGAGAAGUACACCAUUGUUUAUACGCCGUGGCCUUGAAGAUGCACUACUCAAAGAGAAGAAAUUCAGGAAACUCGUUGUUUUGCAUGUGUGGCAAAAGUGCUUUUGAUAUAAAUGAUGUAAUUUUAUAUAGUCACAGCAGUAGCGAGGGACGUGCGUGUUUGCCCAAGUGUGACCUUUAUUUCUUUUGUUACGGUAUAUAUGGUGUGGUUGAGGGUGAGAAUAUAAAAAGCACUGUUUGCCCACUACAGCAUCUCCCUGCAGUAUACUUAGUGGUAUUACUUUCCAAAGUUAUCAUCAGUCACUGCUUUGAUAAUGGGCCUGCUCUGCCCAAAGAUUGCAAUACCAUUUAGAAUAUUGUUUUCUUUAUUUGUGUGCAUGGGCAAGGUAUGGUAGUAAUGUCUGUGAUACAAGCAGGAAGCAGGAAUUGUACAAAUAUUUUUUCCAACGUUCAGCAGAAUUUUUAUAUAAAAAUAAAAUGCUUAGACACAAAGUUGUAUAAAUGCAAAUUUUACUGCCAGCUCUCCUUUAGAGAUUAACCAAGAUAUCUUAAUUCCACAGAAUGGUAAUAUUCCUGUCAAUAGACAGCACUCAUGUAUGCUGUGGUGGCCAAUACUUUAGUCUGGCGAGAGAGCUCUCAGUGCCUCUUAUGUUUUCUUUGAGCAGCAGCUCAGCUUUCAGAGCCUAAUUCAGCACGGGAAUUACAGAGCAUUUAGUAAUUUUCACACUGAAUGUGGUUCACGUGUUUGUUCAUGUUGUGGAGUUUGUGGUACUGGAACCACACACAGUUUCAGGCUCUCUUAAUGAGUGUAUUUGUAAAACACGUUGAUGCUUCAGAAGAAAUUGAAUUGUCCUAUUAGUGUUUUUAAAUCUCUUUUCUUGAAUGGAGAUUGGAGUUAUUUCAUUUCUGACCCAAAUUUGUGUUUGUGUUAUGUCACAGAUGCAUAGAAUAGAAUUUGUGUAGGAGGAGUUGAUGAGAAGUGAGGAGGUUUAGCUGCUGUUACACAUAAGUGGCACAGAUAAAAAUCCACAUUAGAUUGAUUCUAUAGAACCUGCACAUUCCAUGAGAUUUUAGUGUUUUACAGCUGUUUUGAGAGUUGUUCCAAUGUAGCUGGCUUCUCUUGGACUUCAUUGAGAGUUUGCAGAAAACUUCUCCCCAGCUCCCAUUUGUACUAGGCUGAUUUCAAAGGCACACGUGGUUCUCUCCUAAUGAUUUAAAACUUUCUUUAGAAAGCUGUUGCUGAACAGUAGUGUAAUAAUAAAAUCCAUUUCUUAAAGGGUAUUGACUAUUAUAACAAGUUUCAGGAUUGGAUGUUACGAAACAAGGGUUUGUAGCCAUGCUGCAGCUGUGUGUUGCAGACAUCCACGUGCAGGCUCCAUCCAAGUCUCAGUGCAGACAGUUUGCAUCGAGAAUUCAACUAAAUGAAAUUGAAAUAUCCAAUCUUAGAAUAUUCACUCUAACAGUCCUGUUGCAAAGGCUGCAGUACUGAACCACCAAAACAGCCCUUGGUCCAACUUUCCCUAAAAUAAGUUAAAUUGGCCACAGUGUAGAGAGUUACUUGUGAUAAAGUGUUUAAGAAGCAGAUGCAAUUUACUUGUUUGUCAGUGGGAAUAUUCCUAUCAGAUUUCUGCUCCUCGUAUAUGAAUCUUCUCAAUACAGGUCUUUCCAUAGUCAUAGCGAUCCACCUAGAGAUGGGAGACGUUCUUCUGUGUUAACGAUUCAAUAUUGGAAUUUAAUCUGAUUGAGAUUUGCUCCUCAUUUGUUAAUGAUUCUUUUUGGUUUGUUGUAAGUAGAACAGUUGAGGAAUUAAACAAAACAAACACACUGGAAUUCUCUUGAGCUAUCCUGCCUUACAAAACAAACAAACACGUAUAAUAGCUUUAUGUUAACUACUGUAAAGGAAAUUGCAGUAGAAUCCGUUGUGUGUCUCUGUGGUGAUGAGGCCAGGCUGUUACUAGGGUACUGCUGAAACAUUUAGAACUCAGUGGCUGUGUACAGCCUGCAGAAUCAAUUGCUCUAGAAAUGAGAGAAACCCAGUGUGCUGUUGCUAAGGGCUCUCCUCUGGGUUUCUUGGAGGUGCAAAUUUAACAGUGAGAGUUUCAAAAGUCAUUGAUCUGCCCAGCCCUUUCCCACCAGUGAUUAAAACCAAAGUUCACAACUGUAUGACACCAUUCGUGUUUGUAUGUAUGCGUGUAUAUAUAAAUGCAUAGACAUUUUAAAUAUCUAUAGUCUUUAUCAAGAAUGUUUUUAUUUAUGAAACAUGAAAUGAUUUUGUAAAUAUUGUGCUAAUAUACUGAAAUAAAGUCAUUUUAAGUUGUUUUUGUCAGA